ACGAGUGGCGCGUCGAUGGCGGCGGGGGUCUCGCGCUGCUGGAUCGUGUGCGCCGGAGCCUCGCUGGCCGCUGCCUCGCUGUGGGAAGUCGGCGUGCCAGACUCCCCGAGUGGCCGGAGACAGAAGCGACAAAAGCCGCGAGUUUUGUUCAUGAGGGUGCUUCGCAUGUACAGGCCGGACUUGGCCCUGCUGCUCGGAGGGUUUUGCUUUCUCCCCAUUAGUGGGAUCCAGAUCCGGUAUUACACGGGCAAGGUAAUUGACAACCUGCGUGAGGAUUUCGGGCCAGAUGACUUCUUGUCAGCACUGCUUCUCAUGGGCGUGUUCUCAGUGGGAAGCGCGGUGGGCGCCGGCAGCAGAGGGAACCAGUUCCUCAUGUGGGUCAUUCGCUCCUUCAAGUGCAGAGUGAAGGCAAAGCUCUUUCAUGCUCAGACCAACCAGGAGACGGCCUUUUUUGACACCGCAAAGAUAGUGUCCCCUCCGGGCGCAGGUGAACCCACCUCCUUGCUUUCCAAAGACAUCCCCCUGAUGGCUGAAACGGUUUGUCUGAACAUCAACAUUCUGCUGAGGACGCUCAUCCAGACGGCGUACACACAUGGUGAACCUCUCAUGGAUGCUAACAUGUUUAGUGCUCUUGGAGGUCCCCAUCACGGGCCUCAUCCAGACCAUCUCCAACAAACAGCACCAGCGGUUGACGCAGGCCACCAUGACUCCAUGUCCGCGGCAAACGAGACGGCUAAUGAGAUCAUCUUGGCCGUUCGACGACGCCGAGCUUCAACGCUGAGAAACACGAGGCCCGUCACUAUGACGACCGGCUGAUGGACACGUACAGGGUCAAGACCCAGCGGGACACUGUCAGCAUCAUGUCCCUUCUGGGUAAGAUGCUGGUCAAACUCUUUUGGCAACAUUGGAUUUGGGGCCCUCAAUUUCUGCCAAUAACAAUAAUAAUAAGAAGAAGAAUUUAGUGUGUGUGUGUUUUAGAGGUAAGAUCGGGCCUAAAAAAAUCCAGC